UUUGUUUGUUAAUGGAUAAAUCUGAGCCUUAAAACUUUCAAAGAAAGGUGUUGGCGAUUUUUUAAUCCUUCUUCUUCUUUUCCUUUUCUAUACCUUUUUUGCUUUUUUCGUCUCAGUUUUUUUCCAUAUAUACUAGUUUUAGUACUACCCUUUUUUUUCAAUUCUCUUUGUUAUCCAAUUCCUUUUUUUUUUUUUUAUUUUUAUUCUAUUCAAUUUAUAUACAAUAUAGCCAUACAUGGUUAUUUUGUUUUUUUAGAUUAAAAAGAAAAAAAAAUAGGUGUUCCUUUUUUUUUUUAUUUUUAUUAUUAUUAUUAUAUACAUUUUAUCUUACUUAUUCUCUUAACCAAAAGUCUCGACGGGACUUCUUAUGGCGUUUCAAUACGAACCAACUAUUAAACAUGCUGACCAAAACCAAGCUUCGUCUUCUGCUGAAACUUUCACUUUUCGUGUUGAACCUACUUCUGUUCCAGUAUUCAUUACAAAACUCUGCAUGAUGGUGAACGAUCAAACUGUACAAGAAAUGAUCUCAUGGUCUGAAGAUGGAGAACGGUUUUGUGUCUUUGAUAUUCCUGGUUUUUCCAAAGUGGUACUUCCUCAAUACUUUAAGCAUAGCAACUGGCCAAGUUUUGUUAGGCAACUCAAUAUGUAUGGAUUUCAUAAGGUCAACGACAACUUUAGUACAAGACAUGGACAAUUGAUUUGCGAAUUCCACCAUCCCAUGUUUUACCGAAAUGGACGGAAUGCUUUACGAAAGAUACGACGAAAUUCUAGGAAAUCAAUUUCUACCAAUACAGAUCCCUUCUUGCACCAUUCUCCACGUCAAAUACAACAACAGGAACAGGAUCAAUUACAACAGAAACAAGAAAGAGAUCAUUAUCUACAACAAUAUCAAUAUCAUCCACAGCAGGAUCCAUUACAUCAUCAAGAACAAAAACACCAACAACUUCAGAUAUUAAAUCCACCUUCCACUUCCUCUUCUACCAAAUCAUCCAUGCCAAUAUCCUCUCUAUUAUCCUCGAAUGAUGAUGACUAUAAUGACGAAGAUACAACCUCAUUUUAUGACCCGCCAACAGCAGACAUUACAAGUACAACUGACAUCAGCGACACAAGUAAUAACAACGAUGAUUAUUAUUCUCAAUCCAAUCAAUAUCAAACUAAUGAAACUAUGGACGAAAGGCGGAAUGGAUCUGAAUCAUAUAUGUUACUUAGACGUGAACUUGGUCAAUUACAAGCAAAAACAUCCAAUUUGAACACUGAAAUUACUCAUUUGAAGCAACAUGUGGCCAAACAACAACAGGUAACUAAGGAACAGAAAAAAAAAAAAAAAGGAGGAAGGAUGGGAAAAAAAAGGGAUGGGAAAAAGGACCCAAAAAGAAUGAAAAAAAAAAGUGUCACAUUCUAACAGUGCAGUGCAUUACUAUUGACUUUGUUUUUUUUUAAUGUUGAAAGUCUGUUGUAGA